AAAAAUUAUACUCUGCCCCAGUCCCCAAUCGGCCACCUCCACGACUCCCUUGAAGACCACCAGUGGCAGAGGAAAAAAACAGAGCAAACCCUGCAAAACUCAGUCGAUCAAUGGGCUGUGUUUCUUCCAAACCCUUUAGGAAACAACUCCAUCGAGAUAUCAUCAUCGACAAUGACGGCGGAGCUUCUGUUAAUCAUGUCGUUUCUCUCACUUCCACAACCUACGGUGCUCUCAAACUUGACAUCAAUGAGAAACGGCAGCAACAACAAGAACAUGAACAAGAACCCAUCAAGGAGAUAGUGGCGGAGAGUAAGAAACUUCAGCAGAGAUCACCUCCUCGAGAAGAACCAGAGAUUAUUAAUGCUUGGGAGCUCAUGAAGGACCUUGAAGAUGGAGGGUUACCCAUUUCAAACCAUCCCAAAAAAAGCCCCAAGAUGAGAGCUUUGCGUCGUGAAAUUGCAGAUAUGGAUGCUAGGAGUCCUUUAAAGUUCAUGAAUCAGAUUGGAUCUCCAAGGAAAGCCAAGACAUUUGGUGGGAAAGAAAAUAAAGUAAAGAAAGUAUCAGAGUUUAGCCCAAGAGCAGUUUUAAAAGCCAAAAAUUCUUCAGGCAAAUCAAGCAAGGCAAUGCUAAGAUUGAGUUAUCCAGUGAAAAGUUCUCCAAUCUGGACUAAAACAGAGAAUGCUGAGAGCUUUAGUCCCUUAUUUGAUCCAGAGCUUGUCGAAUUAUACGAAAGAGAGCUAUCUGAAGAGGAAGGCAAAAUUAAGAAGAUCAUUUCAACAACACCCAGGCCUCAAAAAUCAAAGAAUGCACGAGAAUUAGAGUCUAUUCUCCAUUCAUUCGAACAAAAAUGCCCAACAGGUGGUGAAAAUGAGGUUGUGAUCUACACGACUACGCUGCGAGGAAUCAGAAAAACCUUCGAGGAAUGUAAUACAGUGAGGUCGAUUAUUGAGUCGUACCAUAUUCAUAUGCUUGAGAGAGAUGUUUCAAUGGACUCAGGCUUCAAGGAGGAGAUAAGAGAGCUAAUGGGUACAAAAGAAGUGAAACUUCCACUAGUUUUUGUUAAAGGGAGAUUCAUUGGGGGUGCUGAUCAAGUGGUGAAGUUGGAGGAAGAAGGGAAAUUGGAGAUUUUGUUUGAUGGGGUUCCGAGAGGGCUCGCCAGCGAUUGCCAUGGCUGUGCAGGGUUGAGGUUUAUGAUGUGUGUGAAGUGUAAUGGAAGCUGCAAGGUGUUGGAUGAGAAGCAUAAGAAAAUGGUAAAAUGUGGUGAGUGCAAUGAAAAUGGGUUGAGACAUUGCCCAAUUUGCUGCUAAUUUUCUGAUUUUAACUUCUGGGAUUGUAUUGAGAUUGUGGAAUUUUUUAUUGGUUUGGUUAUUGUAUGAAGAAUGAUUCUUUAUAUGCUUUGAUUCCUCCGAGAGGAAUGAACAGAAAAUGAUUUGUUAUUUUUUUUUCCACUGUUCAUUAGGGAAGUGAGAGUUCUAAAGUGGGCUUUAGGCCUCUCUCAUAUAUUCUCUUGCCAAGAUAUAUCAAUGUAAUUUAUACAUUUUUUUUCCAGCCAUUAAUUAAA